UCCUGGCUGGGGGGGAGGAAGGGGGAUGAGAGGAGGGGGGUCACUUCAGCACCUCCAAAAAAGCCCAGGAAAGGGAAGGAGAGAUGAGGGGAGGAUGGCCAUUUGGAAGCACUAGGACUGUUAAUAAUAUGGCUUUCCUCUCCUAAACACUCUCCUGUAACAAAUGGUGUGCAAGAAAACCACUCCAAGGAGGUAACCUAAACUGUUGUUUGAAGUUUAUGCUACAAAAAAUAUAGAAAAUAAAACAGGACCCAGUACAGACCCCUGCGAGAUACCUAUAAUUAGGCUAUGUGGAGAAGUUUUAACUAUUUUCUCUGUAGCCUUUUCACAUCUUUUUCAUUCCUCUUUUUUUGUCCUCCAUUUUUUCCCCAUUCUUUCUACCAACUCCCCUUCCCCAAUCCAGCUCUCCUGUCUCUUUACUAUUUGUUUGACAUUAUAAAAAAAAUGCAAUUUUUUAUCGUCUUCAUACUGCCUUGCCUUUUAUUUAGGUAUGCCUUUCAUGUCCUCUACACAACAAGAGAGACUUGGCCACAGGACAAAUUAGAAAGGUCUAUAUCAAGCAGAAAAAUACUAAUAGCUAUCUUAGAUCUACCACCAGUAAAGUGUCCUGUUGUCCCAAAUAAUGUGGUGAAUUUAGAGGCUUUUUCUGAGAAAUGUUUGUACUUCUGUAAAAGUUACAGUACACGUACGACACUGCUAAUACAUAGUGAAUCUAUGACUGUGCGUGUUGGUGUGUUUGCUGAGUGAUCUCCUCCCAGCAGGUGACCAUUGAACUCUCAACCCAAUCCCCCUGCUGAGGGAGAUGGUUGGGGGGUGAGGUCCACCUCCACGGAGACACACAGCUCCCCCCCCGUCCCGUCCCACAUGGACUCAUCCCUCACCCGGGCGUAUAAAAAGUCUGCUGUGGCUGAAGUUGUUCAGUCUCGUCACCAACUCCACCAGACCACCAUCAUGAAAUUUGUGGCUCUCGCUCUCGCCCUUCUGCUGGCCGUCGGCUCUCAGGCCGCUUCCCUGCCAGCUGAUGCACCUUCCCAGCUGGCCCACGUCCGGGCUGCUGUGGAUGUCUACCUGACUCAGGUGAAGGAAAGUGCCAACAAAGUCCUGGAACACCUUGAUGACACUGAGUACAGGGAUCUCAAGACCACCCUUUCUCAGCGCCUGGAGGACCUGCACAAUCAGAUUAAGUCUUGGCAGGCUUCUGUUUCCCCCCUCACUGACAGCGUUGUCAGUACCAUUGCUGACUCCACCGCUGACUUGCGUACCUCUAUCAUUAAUGAUAUUGAGAACCUGAGAACCGAACUCCUGCCCAAACGUGCUCAUCUGAGGGAUGUCAUCAAAGCACACCUUGGUGACUACUAUGCCCAGCUUCAGCCCCUCUUGAAUGAGUACCAUCAAAAGCACCAAGCUGAGAUGGCAGACCUGAAGACCAAGCUGGAGCCUAUCGUUGAGGCUCUGACUGCCAAGUUGGUUACCAACGUGGAGGAGACCAAGGCAGCCCUGGUGCCCAUAGUGGAGGCUGUGCGUCUCAAGGUCAAUGCGCGUCUGGAGAGUCUGAAAUCCAGCAUCAAACCCUAUGUCGAUGAGUACAAGGACCAGCUGGAGCAGGCCUACCACCAUGCACAAUCCAUGAACGCCGAUGAGAUCACUGCCCUGAAGACGAAGAUCGAACCUUUAGCCGAGGACGUCGUGGCUAAGGUCCAAGCUAUCUUCCAGAACAUCGUGGCUACCUUCAUCAAGAACUAAAUCCUCUACCCUGUUCCUGUAACUAACCUCACCUACCUGUCUUUCCUAGAUCCAUUCCACCUUUCUCUCCAUUCCUUCUUUCCCCACAUGCACACACAGAUCAUCUCCCAAAAUAAAGCCAAUGCCUAACUGAUGCACUUCUUUGCAACAAAAUGGCGGGACUCUUGCUCUCUUCGCUCUCCCAAGCAAAUACCUAACUUCAUGCGCACAUGCUAAAGCACAUGAAAGCAAAGACAUACACAGUCACAUACAUAUUCAGCACACACAUGCUUUGCACGCAUGCUUCACAUGCCAUGGCCAGCUGCUUACAUUUUAUGUAGGAAUUAUAUGUGAAUUAUAACAAGUGCCUGAACCUCUGUGUAAUGAUGCUUGUUUGAUGAAAACUGUGCUUUGACAAAAUAGAGCUCAAUAAACAUCUGACUCUUUAUACUACUUUGCUCUCUGACUCUAACUUGAACAGUUUCAUAUGCCAGAUAGAUAUUGAACUCAUUUCCAUUUCUUCCUAAAUGAUCAGACUGUAAUGACACAGAAUAUUGUCUGUAAAAAUCUAUAAGACACUGCAAUUCACCUUGCUAUUGCAUGCUUGUCUGCCUCAUCUCAAGCCAACAUUAGAAUUAAGAUAAUUUGACCUAUACUGCCAAAAUACAUAAUGCAAUUUAAGAACAAAAAUUACACUUUUGAGGAACGUAAUAGUACACCUUCAGCUUUAUUGGAGUGUUUUUGGCCUCAAUGAGCCUUUAAGGUCAUAUCACACAAACUGCAUUUUGAGAGGUCAUCAUUAAUCAAAAGGUCCAUUGGAAACGAACAAUAUCUAUACAAUCCGUUCUACUUAAGACAGGCUUCCAAUAAUAUAUGAGAUAUUUCUGCCUGUGGUCCUGAAAGCUGUGAUUAAUGAGUCGAUCAGUGGUGCAAAUUGGCCUAUUGACAAACCUAACACUUGUUGUGCUUUCUUAGGGAAAAGCCCUCUUCUCUGUUUUGGAUCCCUCAGGCUGAAACCCUUCAACACUGUCCCAUCAUAGUCGAUGAGGAUGUAGAUGUAGAUGUAGACACACGCAUACACACAAUCAACCACACCACCAAACACUUCCACUCACAUCUGUAAUCAGACAACUUCGAUAUAUCAACUUCACAAAUCAUAUUAUUUGUGUCUUAUUUUGGGUGUUAAUAAUUAUUGUAAGGUCCUCAUGUGAAACAAAACCUUGCAUGGCACACACACAUUGUGAGACAAAGACACUUUCUGAGACCUAUCAGCAUUAAAAGCUGGCGAAAAUGCAAAAAUAAAUCCAGGACUUGACACAGUCUGAAAUGUAGCAUUUUAUAAAUAUGCCAGAAUGUUGCCAUUAAACAAAACCAGGAAUAUCAACCUUAGUCGAUAUUAGGGAAUAAUUGACUUUCCAAUUAUUAUGGUGUUGAAACUGUUCUCCAAGAAAUUAGACGAUGAAUAAUAAAAGCA